AUGGCCCGUCCAUUCGUCGCCCUCCUCUCCGCCCUCGCCGUCCUCGGCCCUCUCCUCCCGGUCGGAGCCACCCCCAUCGCAGACGCCCAAGCCCUGCUCACCGACCCCAUCCCACACCCCAACCACGACCCUCACCCCGACACCCUCUACACCCACAACUCCCCCUCCGACCUCAAUCAGGAGGAGGAACACGACCUCGCCGCCCCCUCCUGGUUCACCUCCGCGCUCCUCGCGCGCCGCCUCCUCGCCCUCUCCCCGACCGGGAUCGCCUCAACCAUCUUCCCCUCCCCACUGCCUCCAAACUCACACACCCCGGCCUCCCUCGCCGGCCACUCCAUCAGUCUAACCGAAUACCUCGCCGACUGCGACCCCUCCCUGCCCACAUCUUCCAAAGAAGAAGACGAAGAAGGAAACCCCACCUUCCUCGCCCUCCGCGUCGCCACCACCUUCCGCAACACCGCCUCCGGCUCCAACAUCUCCCUCUCGCUGGACUGGUGGUCUCACAUCAACGACACCGCGCCAGUCUUCCCGGGCUUCCCGCUCUCGCCGCGGCCCUUCGAGACGCCUCUCCCCGCCGCCACCGAGGCCGCGCUCUCGCAAUGUUACUUGGAGAAACACCCCGACGCGAAGGUCUGGUUGCCCGGGCGGGAGGGGUCCCCGCACGCUAGCUUUUGGGCCAGGAUGGUCGUGACGGAGGUUUAUUGGAUUGGGGGGUUCGGGGGACUGAAUCGGAUUGGUUGGUUGAAUGUUACGGAGUGGAAGGGGAUUAGGGAGGAUGGGUCGGGUGAGGGGCUGGGGGAUGGGAGUGGGAGGGGGUGGGGGGAUGUGAGGUUGCCUGGGGAGGGGUGGUAG